GAAAAGUGGAAAAAGGAUAGAAAUACAAAAAAAAAUAACAGAAGAAGAAAGAAAGAGAAGGGAAGCGAUGGAAGUUGUCGGCCAAAUUUGUACUUAUCUUUAAGGAAGAUCAAAUCAACGUGGCGUGGCGGCCGUGCUCAGACGACACACUAGCAGCCAACCAACCAAUAAGCCCCCAAUUUUUUACGCCCCCCCAGAAUACAAAAUGCUCUCUCUUCCCUUCCUUUCCUUCAAUCAUUAAUAAUUAAAAUUUUCUUAAAUAAAUUCCCAUAUAGUAAACCACGCCAAUUUCUCUCUCCCUAUAUAUAUAAUAUAUAUAUAUAUAUAUUCCUUUAUUACAAAUUACAAAUUUCUUUUUCUUAUAAAUAAGUCGGUUGAUUUUGUUAGUACUCUGGUUGGGUUCUUUUUUCUUGUUUGUACUACUUUACUACUCAUGAGGUACUCCGUCUGCCUCUCAAACCAAAGCCCUUUUCCUUCCCUUUGACACCAGACAGUUAUAAUUUUAACAGAAGCAUUCGUACUCUCCCUGGGUUUAAUUAGUCAAUCCAAGAAAAGGGUUUUUUUUUUUUUUUUGUUUCGAGAUGGAAGGAGGGAUUUGUUCAACAUCAACGUCAUCAAGUCCAGAGAAAAGGAAACACAGAGGAGGAGGAGGAGAUGGGAAUCAACAGCAACAACAGGGGAAACCCUAUAGAGGGAUAAGGAUGAGGAAGUGGGGUAAAUGGGUUGCUGAGAUUAGAGAGCCCAAUAAGCGCUCCAGGAUUUGGCUCGGCUCUUAUUCUUCCCCGGAAGCGGCUGCCCGGGCUUACGACACGGCCGUCUUUUAUCUCAGGGGUCCUUCGGCUCGGCUUAAUUUCCCCGAUUGUGUCAUCGAAGCCGAUCACGAUCAGCUUCGUGACUUAUCCGCGGCUUCCAUACGAAAGAAAGCCACCGAAGUCGGCGCUCGCGUUGACGCCCUUCGUACCUCCCUCCAUGCGGCGGCGGCCGCUUCUGCUUCCGGUUCUUCUUCCAAUUCCACCGAUCAAUCGUCCAACAACAACAACCGCAUCCACAGCAGCAAGGUUGCUCGUGUUGAGAAACCCGACUUGAAUGAAUAUCCGAGCCCGGAAUCUUCUGAUGAGAAUUAAUUCAUUCUUGAGGGGAAAAAAAGGGUUGAUGAUGAUGAUGCAUGGGUUUGGAAGGGAUUUCAGAACAAUUGGGAAUUUUUUGGUUCCAUUUCUGGAAGAUGAAGAAAUUAAAAAAAAAAAAGGUUUGGAUUAUGAUAUACAACUGUUUGAUUGUUUUUGGCGGCGGCGGCAUCUACGGAGAAUCUGUCCUUGCGAUUUGGUUAUAGAUGGUUCUUUUCUCUCUCCCAUCUCAUGUACUUGGAAAAAAAAAAAAAUCCGAAGGGAUUUUACAUGAUGAUGGAUGGUAUAGUAAUUCAGUUUGUAGUUGAUGAUGAAUUUUCAAGAGGAUGAUUAUUAUUAACAUGAUGAUGAGAUACGUACUAGUAUAUUGGUAAAUUAAUUCAAUUUCAUCUUUUUUUUUUCUUUCUUUUUGCCUUCAAUUUCUAGCUAUCAGUUUUACUCUUUUGGUUUUGUUUCUUUAGCUUUUUAUGUAAUUCGAUUUUCCUGUGUGUGUGUGUGUGUGUUUAUAUUUUGUUUUUAAGCCUUUGUAGUUUGUACUAUAUGCCAUGGUGGGUUUGUACGACGAUUCGGGUGGGGAGGAAUGGAGAUUGGAGAGGACGACGGAAAUCAUGGGGCAUAAUUUUUGUAUAUAUAUAUAGUGUUUCUUUAUUUUGUUCUUUUAACAGAAAUUUUAUUUUUGGAUAGUAUAGUUUUGUGUAUUUAAUUUCCAUAAUAAUUUAAUAGAAGUGUACGUAGC